AUGAAAAAAGAUCCUAAAAUAUCUUUAUCAAAUUGCAAGGCAUUAAAUUUAAUAGCCUAUCUAUACUUUUAAAGACCUUUCAGUAUUAACAAAUUAGAGAAAUUUCUAAAUAUUUCUAAAUAGGUUUUUACUUUUUUGAUUCUACGCUUCUGAACUAAUUGGAUUAAGCUUGAGUACUGAAUUAUAUCAACUUUAAGCUUAUAAAUAUUGGCCUUGAGUUUCUAAGAAAAAGUCUAGAUAAGAUUAAAUUUAAGCAAUACAUUUCCAUAAAUAAAUUUCAACUAAACCUAUGUUCAAUUAAAGUAUAAUUUCAAAAUGCUUUAAAGCCUCUUGAGAUUUUGAUAACAUCUNUUUCUCAUAUCUCUGGAGCGGAAAUAACUUAAUGUUUGGAAAAUGAUCUCAAAACUUAUGAAAUAUCACUUGAUAAAUUUUCAGAAGAAGAAAAAUUGUGGAUUAUAAAAGACAUUAAAGAAAAAAUGUGUUAUAUUGCUAGUGACUAUGAAAUGCAAGUAUUUCAUAUAUUUCCAUAAAAUAGAUAAAUUCAGAAGAUAAUUUCACAGAAGAAGAAAAAAGCUAUGAAUUACCAGAUGAACAAGUCAUUCAUAUAACCCCUAAAAUUAGGUAUCAUUGUUCUGAAGCAUUAUUCGAUUCCGCUAUUGUGAAUAAGAAUAGUUUUUCAUUGCCAUAGAUGAUUGUUAACUCUAUAUAGAGAUGUGAUAAGGAAUUAAGAUAAGAGUUGCUCUCCAAUAUGGUACUUGGAGGCGGCACUUCUAUGUUUUAAGGUCUAAUCUCCAGAUUGCAAGAUGACAUUUGCCAAAUCUAUCCUGGAGGAGCUAUGAGGUCAGAAUUCAACUUUGUUGCUGAUUUCUAAAGAAAAUAUAGUGCUUGGAUUGGGGGAUCUAUGCUUGGAUCACUUAAAACAUUUUAAUCUUUAGCUAUCAACAAACAGGAGUAUGAAGAAAAUCCUGAAGGCAAAAUGUCACUUAUUCAUAAAAGAACAUUUUGA